AUGGCUGGGCUUCUCAAAAGUAAAGUAAUCGCUAUUACAGGCGCAUCUUCUGGAAUUGGGCGAGCGGCCGCGUUUGAAUGCGCUAAGAACGGCGCGAAUCUCCUGAUCCAUCAUUUAGGAACAGAUUCAACUCGGAAAGAUGCUGAAGAACUGCAAAAGUCUUUGCGAUCAUCGUUUAAUACCAAAUCGGUUCUGUUUGGAGCUGAUUUGACCGGUGAAGGCGUUGCGGAAGAACUCAUCCAGCGCACAGUAUCUACUUUUGGUAGGCUAGAUACGUUUGUUAGCAAUGCUGGAAUUUGCCUUCCAUCCCCUGCGGAAUCGGUCACGAAAUCGUUUCUACAGCGCCAUAUCGAUAUCAAUUUUACAGCCGCCUAUCUUCUCACCCAAGCGGCGACGAAACAAUUUGUUAAGCAGGGAGAUGGAGGAAGCGUUGUUGUCGUCUCCUCGAACACAGCGGUAACCGGAGUCACAGGCCUGACUCAUUAUUCUGGCACCAAGGCGGGACUUUUAGGCAUGGUCAAUACGUUUGCUGUCGAGAAGGGAAAGCAUAAUAUCAGAUACAAUUGUGUUCUACCAGGCCCCACGGCCACUGAUAUGAUCACGGAUUUUGUGAAGGACGAUGCGGACAGAGACAACAUGAUCAAACGAAUUCCUUUUGGUCGGCUCGGCACUCCCCAAGACCUAGCGGGUGCCAUUGUAUUCUUCGCCAGCGACUUGUCUCAGUUCGUAACUGGUCAGCACCUUCUGGUGGAUGGAGCAUGUUCGCACUACUUCAUGUAG